CAAUCAUCAUUUUUCCUAUGUAUCCACAGGCAGGGGUCAGCAUGGCUGAGACAGUGGCAAACAGGACCACCAUAACAGAAUUCUUGCUCUUGGGGCUCCCUGAGGACUGGGGGCUGCAGGUGCUGUGUGCCACCCUCUUCUUGCUGAUCUACCUGGCAGCCCUGAUGGGGAACCUCCUCAUCAUCACCCUCACCACUCUGGAUCAGCAUCUCCAGUCACCCAUGUAUUUCUUCCUGAAGAAUCUGUCCUUGAUUGACAUCUGCUAUGUCUCUGUCACUCUCCCCAAAUCCAUCAUGAACUCUCUGACCAACAGUCGUUCCAUCUCCUUCCUGGGAUGCGCCUCACAGAUUUUCCUCGUGAUUGCUCUCGCUGGCACAGAGUAUGCCCUCCUUCUGGUGAUGUCCUAUGACCGCUAUGUCGCCAUCUGUCACCCUCUGCACUAUGAGGCCAUCAUGAGUAGUCGCACCUGCGUGCAGAUGGUGACUGUCUCGUGGCUCAGCGGGUGUAUGUAUGGGUCCCUUCAUGUAGCAGGCACAUUCUCAGGCCACUUCUGUGGGUCCAAUGUUAUUCAUCAGUUUUUCUGUGAUAUUCCAUCAUUGCUUACCCAUGCGUGUUCUGGAGAGCAAAUUCUAGAACAGGUAUUUAUUAUUGCCAGCUGUUACUUUGCUUCCAUGUGUUUUAUUUUAAUGUUUGUUUCCUAUGUUCGCAUUUUCACCACUGUCCUAAGAAUUCCUUCUGCACUGGGCAGGCUCAAAGCCUUCUCCACCUGCAUGCCUCAUCUUACUGUGGUGACCUUGUUCCUCUCCUCCGGGUUUAUUGCAUAUUUAGGCUCAACUUCAACAUCCCCAUCAUCACUGAAUGUCUUUAUUUCAGUGUUAUACUCUCUGCUACCUCCCAGUCUGAAUCCCGUUAUUUACAGCCUGAGAAACAGGGAUGUGAAAGCAGCCUUGGACAAAAUUUGCAGUGGGAAGCUGACACCAAAGGUGUCAAUGUCUGCAUGUCGAUGA